AUGAAAUUCAUAUCAUUCAUUGCUUCAACAAUGUUGAUUGCAUUAAUCAGUCAACAAUCAACAAUGGGAUUACCACUUAAUACUACAGUCGAAGGAGAAACAUGUUCAAAAGGAUUUGAAUUGAUCGAUGGUCAUUGCAAGCCAAUUAAAUCUGAAUUACAUGAAAAUGUUGAAUCUGCUUCAAUUCCUGUCGAAUUUACAACUAUUCUUGACGAAACUGUUUUUAAGAAGGUCACACCUCCGUUAGAUGGUGGUUGCGCAGACGGGUGGGAACAUGGUGAACAUGGUAUUUGUCAAGAAAUUAAAUCUAAAUUACAUGAAACAAAUGUUGAAUCUACUUCAAUGCCUUUCGAAAUUCCAACUCUUGUUACCGAAAAAGUUGUUCUUAAAGAAGACAAACCUGAAAUAUCCGGUCGUUGUCCCGAAGGAAUGGAACAUGGUAAAUAUGGUAUUUGUCAAGAUAUUAAAUCUACUUCAACUCCAGUCUACAUCACAAUUGCUCCUCAGGAAAAACUUGUUCUUAAGGAGAAGCCCGAACUCCCAAUAUACGGUGGUUGUCGCGAAGGAAUGGAACAUGAUGAACAUGGUAUUUGUCAAGAAAUUAAAUCUCAUGAUAUGAUCGAAGCUACUACUGAAUUAACAGAUGAUGCUGCUAAAUUAUCAGAUCACACCGUCAGACAAAAAGACGACAUUGUUAGACCAAAAGGCAAGAUCGUUAAACCAAAAAAAGACAUCGUUGAACCAAAAGAAGACAUUGUUGAACCAAAAGAUGACGUUGUUAAACCAAAACCCGACAUUGUUAAACCAAAAAAAGACAAUGUUAAAGUAACCGAUGAUAGUUUGGAAAAAAAAGAUGAUGUUAAAUCAAAAGAAGACAUUGUUAAACCAAAAGAAGAUAUUGUUGAACCAAAGGACGAUAUCGUUGAACCAAAAGAAGACAUUGUCAAACCAAAACCCGACAUCCUUAAACGAAAGAAAAACAUCGUUAAACCAAAAGAAGAUAUUGUUGAACCAAAGGACGAUAUCGUUGAACCAAAAGAAGACAUUGUUAAACCAAAAGAAGACGUCGAUGAAUCAAAAGAAGACAUUGUUAAACCAAAACACGACAGUAUUAAAUCAACUGAUGAUACUUUGAAAAAAAAAGAUGAUGUUGUUACAAAACCAACUAAAUAUGAAAUUCCUCGUGGUUGUCCUAAAGGAACUCAACCUGAUGAACGAGGUUAUUGCUUGGACAUUAAACCUUUCAAACUUACAAAAAUCAUUUUUAAUCCAAAAAUACUUCUUGCAAAAGAUGGUUCCUGUCCACGAAAUUAUGUAAUGAUUAAAGAACUAUGUUAUUACGUUAACCCUAGAAAAAAUUUAAGACUCAGACCAUCAUUUUCAACAGCUGACGAUUUUUUUUCAAAUGCUUUUCAAACAAAAAAAUAUACAGAUGAUAGUAUUAAAUAUGAAUAUGUAUUAGUUCUCGUCGAUAAUUCAUGUCCAGAAGGUACAGAACACAGUGAUUAUGGUCUUUGCCGAAGACGUGUUUAUCCAACAAUGUCCAACAAAUUCAUUAAAGUCGAUGGCCGCUGUGAUGUUGAUAAUGAACUUCUUGAUGGUAAAUGUGUAUUAAAGAAAAAAGUUGAAAUGCCUGAUUUACUCAAUAUGACAAAAACCAAUGAACCUUUAACUGUUACUCUCGAAACAGUAUCAUAUCGUAAGGAAGAACCAAGAAAAUACAAUGCUAAAGAAGCUUUGAUUCGUAAUUAG